CAUUUUGUCACACACUCACACCCACUUCCAUCUCUAGCUCCGGCAAAUAUCAUGAGUAUUCGGUCUGCUAGAAGGACGUUUACUUUCGAGAUUGUUAGCUUCCAUACUUGUUAUGGUUAUGAACAGAAGAUUGCAAGUGCUGUUGGUAAGGAUUUGGUAAAAAUUGACCCCAAGGAUGGGCAUGUCACUGUCUCAACUCACAAUGUUCCCGAAAGAGUUAGAAUUGCACUUGAGGAGAAGACGAGAAGAAAAGUUGUCCUUUUGUAUGAACUUAUCCCUCAAAAUACAAAUCGAUCUAUAAGAAAUCAGUCGCACCAUGGUGAUCGAAAAAGUUCUAUUGCUUCUACAUCAAAUCAUGUAGCACACAGUAAGAGCCAAUCGAUCAGGAUGACAAUCAGAUAUCAGAAUGGAAGUAUAAGGCAUACGGCUGAUACAUCAGUAGGUGAAGGGCACAACGUUUCCAGCUCAAUAAGAUAUGGUAAAAGCUAUCAUCGGCAUGAAUUAACGUUAACAAAGGGUAGCUUAUCAUCAUACAAGUGCAGUGGAUGCAAAGAAUUAGGAAUCGGGAAUAGAUACAUAUGUAACAAUUGUUCGUAUAUUCUUCAUCCAGACUGCAUGUACUACAAAAGAAUACCUACACAUAAGUUUUUAGUUGGAUCAACCUUUAAAUUCCAUCAAACACGUUUUGAUAGCAAGGAUAGAUAUUGUGACGCAUGUGGAUCAGACAUUGAAGGCUUUUUUUAUCACUGUGAUAUAACCAGUAAAGAUCUGCACCCUUGUUGUCUUAAGCUUACAGAAAGGGUUCAUGUUGGUGAGACCAAGUUUAUGCUUCGUAGGAAACUGACAACUGAAUGCUUUUACUGCUCCUCAAGGAAGAAAGAUCACAAAGACAAUUGUUGGUGUUAUUCAUUAGAGAGCCAAGACAUGCAGGUUCAUGUGUCAUGCAUGAAAGAUGCCCUUCAAAAUUGUUUGAAAGGUGAAAGGAACAAUAACAUGAGCACCAUGGUCGUUGUAAGACAAGGAAAACAAACAAGUGAAGGUUUGAAAUGGGCGCAAAGGCUUCUGAAGGUUGCUGUUUGUGUGCUUUCUGGGAAUCCAUUCCCUCUCUUGGAGGUUGCCCUUGAACUAUUUGAGUAGUAUAUAUCCUCCUGAUCAGUUUCGUACAUUAUUCUUCUGAAGUUCACUUUUUGAAGAGAUGUGAUUGCUUUUUAGUCCUUUGAGUG